UCAUCUCUGGAUGGACUGCGCAUGCGCACGACGAUCCCCAUUCUUGUCCUUCAGGCAGCAUUCCUGCUGGAGAGUGUUGAUAGAAAGGCAGAAAGAGGAGCGGUUUGAGGCCGCGGACUGAAGCUUUCUCCCCGGAGCGGAGAGCGGGCGGCCCGGAGAGUCUGCGGCGGGAAAUGGAAAACGCUGGACAGUGGCAGGACGAAGACAUGGAUCCUUGAUCCAGCGACCCAACCCGACCCGCUUCCCGACCCCCGCCGGAACCAGCCGCCCCUCAGCUGCUGUCCACACAUGCUGCAUUGCUGCCGCUCCCAGGCCCCCGCUGCGUCCGUCCCUCUAGAGUGAGCCAGUGGCUGUUCCUCGGGUCCGUGACCCAGUCUGGUCGGAACCGGCGCGCCGAUGGAGCCCAGCGUGGAGAGCUGCUUGGCCCAGGUCCUGCAGAAGGACGUGGGCCGGCGGCUGCAGGUGGGACAGGAAGUCAUUGACUACAUCCUGGACAGGAACAAGUCCCCCGAACUGGAGCAGGACCAGACGGCGCUGGACAAGAUGGUGGACGCCAUCGCCAGCUCCUGGGUCAACUCCAGCAACUUCAAGGUGAACCUGCUGGGCCUGGACCUCCUGUCGGCUUUGGUGACCCGGCUCCAGGACCGGUUCAGAACCCACAUCGGAACGGUUCUGCCGAGCCUGAUGGACCGGCUGGGAGACGCCAGGGACCAGGUGAGGGAGCAGGACCAGGUUCUGCUGCUGAAGAUCAUGGAGCAGGCCGCCUCCCCUCAGUAUGUCUGGGACCGGAUGCUGGGAGGCUUCAAGCAUAAGAACAACCGGACCAGAGAGGGAGUGUGCCUGUGUCUCAUCGCCACGCUGAACACGUCCGGAGCCCACGGCCUGACGCUGAGCAAGAUCGUCCCCCAUAUCUGCAACCUGCUGGGAGACCCCGUGGCCCAGGUCCGGGACAGCGCCAUGAGCUGCCUGGUGGAGAUCUACCGCCAUGUUGGGGAGCGGGUGAGGCUGGACCUCAGCAAGAAGGGUCUUCCCCAGUCACGGUUGAACGUCAUCUUCAGCAGGUUUGAUGAAGUCCAGAGAUCCGGGAACAUGAUGCCGUCUUCUGGUUCUGAUAAAAACUUUGAGGAUGAAGACUCUGUGGACGGAGGCCGGUCCUCUUCGUCGUCCUCCUCCAAAGCGCCUCCUAGUGGACGGAGGCCGGUGGUGAGCUCUGUGAGAAGGCCCAGUUCUGCUUCGUCCACCAAGUCCACAGGAAAGGAGGCGGCUGCUGGAGCUGUUGAUGAAGACGACUUUGUGAAGGCGUUUGAGGACGUCCCGCAAGUCCAGUUCUACUCCAACAGGGAGCUGGAGGACCAGCUGACCAAGAUCCGAGAUGUUCUGUCUGACGACAAGCACGACUGGGAACAGCGCGUGGUGGCGCUCAAGAAGGUCCGUUCUCUUGUCCUGGCCGGAGCGCCGGACCACGAAGGCUUCCCGCACCAAAUGCGGCUGCUGGAGGCGCCGCUGAAGCUGUCAGCCAAAGACCUGCGCUCCCAGGUGGUCCGAGAAGCCUGCAUCACGCUGGGACAUCUGUCCUCCGUCCUGCGGAACAAGUUUGACCACGGAGCGGAGAGCGUGAUGCCGACCCUGCUCAACCUGGUACCAAACAGCGCCAAGGUCAUGGCCACGUCUGGAGCGGCCGCCAUCCGCCUCAUCCUCAGGCACACCCACUACCCUCGCCUCAUCCCCAUCAUCACCAGCAACUGCAGCUCUAAGUCUGUGGCUGUCAGGAGGCGCUGCUAUGAGUUCCUGGACCUCUUGCUGCAGGAGUGGCACACGUCGACCCUGGAGAGACACGUGGCCGUCCUCACCGAGACAGUCCGGAAGGGAAUCCACGACGCCGACUCUGAGGCCCGCUCCAUCGCCAGGAAGUGCUACUGGGGUUUCCAUGGCCACUACAGCCGGGAGGCGGAGCUUCUGUUCCAGGCGCUGGAGGCCACCUAUCAGAAGGCGCUGCAGUCGCACCUGAAGAGCUCCGACAGCAUCGUGUCGCUGCCGCAGUCCGACCGCUCCUCCUCAUCCUCGCAGGAGAGCCUCAACCGACCUCUGUCUGUGAAGAGUGUCAUCGGAGGCAGCAUCACCAGAAGUAAGCUGGUGGGCUCCAGGGCGUCGGCCGCGCCGGGUUCCCUGCAGCGUUCCCGUAGCGACAUUGAUGUCAACGCCGCCUCCAGCGCCAAGUCCCGCCUGGGAGGCGUCCCGGCCUCCUCGCCAUUCAGCGCCGCCGCCGCCCUGCCCCCGGGGUCCUACGCCUCGCUAGACGGCGCUGCUGGUAAGAGUGACGGUCGUGUUCGUACGAGAAGACAGAGCUCCGGCAGCGUGGGCGGAGCCAGUCCGUCAGUAGUGGACAGCAGGGGGCGGAGUCGAGCCAAAGUGGUCUCCCAGUCGCAGCGAUCCAGUUCGGCCAAUCCCAUCAGCGCCGGCAGUCGCUCCAGUUCCCCAGGGAAGCUGCUGGGCCAGAGCUACGGCCGCCUCCCCCGGGCCGCAGCGCCGCCCAGCACCGCCGCAGAGAGACGCAGCAGAAUCCCCCGCAGCCAGGGCUGCAGCCGCGAGACCAGCCCCAGCAGGCCGGGCCUGGCCCGGAGCCGCAUCCCGCGCCCCAGCAUGAGUCAGGGCUGCAGCCGCGACACCAGUCGCGAGAGCAGCCGCGACACCAGCCCCGCUCGGGGCUUCGCUCCUCUGGCCUCCAGACGCCACUCCCGUUCCACCAGCGCUCUGUCCUCUGCAGAACCCCACGGCCAGUCAGAUCGAUACGGUCUGAUCCACCAAGCCAGGAUUUCUGCGUCAGUGAACGCCAUGCGGGUCCUGAACACCGGCACCGAGGUGGAGGCGGCCGUGGCCGACGCUCUGCUGCUGGGAGACUCCAGGAACAAGAGGAAGCCAUUGCGGCGGCGCUACGAGUCUCCUGGGAUGUAUUCUGAUGACGACGCCAACAGCGACGCGUCCAGCGCCUGCUCAGAGCGCUCCUACAGCUCCAGGAACGGAGGCAUUCCCCACUACCUGAGGCAGACGGAGGACGUUGCCGAGGUGCUGAACCACUGCGCCAGCUCCAACUGGUCCGAGAGGAAGGAGGGCCUGCUGGGCCUGCAGAACCUGCUGAAGAGCCAAAGGAUCCUCAGCCGGGUGGAGCUGAAGAGACUCUGUGAGAUCUUCACCAGGAUGUUUGCAGACCCCCACAGUAAGAGAGUGUUCAGCAUGUUCCUGGAGACGCUGGUGGACUUCGUCACGGUGCACAAGGACGACCUGCAGGACUGGCUCUUCGUCCUGCUCACUCAGCUGCUGAAGAAGAUGGGCGCUGACCUGCUAGGCUCGGUCCAGGCCAAGGUCCAGAAGGCUCUGGAUGUCACCAGGGAGUCGUUCCCCUUCGACCAGCAGUUCAACAUCCUGAUGCGCUUCAUCGUGGACCAGACCCAGACCCCCAACCUCAAGGUCAAGGUCGCCAUCCUGAAGUACAUUGAGUCUCUGGCUCGCCAGAUGGACCCAACCGACUUUGUGAACUCCAGCGAGACGCGACUGGCGGUGUCCCGCAUCAUUACCUGGACCACCGAACCUAAAAGCUCCGACGUCAGGAAGGCAGCCCAGGUGGUUCUGAUCGCACUGUUUGAGCUGAACACGCCGGAGUUCACCAUGCUGCUGGGCGCGCUGCCCAAGACCUUCCAGGACGGCGCCACCAAGCUGCUGCACAGCCACCUCAAGAACUCCAGCAACACCAGCAGCGGCGUGGGGUCUCCAAGCAACACGGUGGGCCGGACGGCGCCGCGCCACGCCCCCAGCAGGUCCAGUCCUCUCACUUCCCCCACCAACUGCUCCCACGGCGGCUUGUCUCCCAGUGGUUUGUGGGGUUGGGGGGUUGACGGGCUGCUCCUUGCUGCGCCCCCUGCUACCCCCGGCCUCAGGGCCCUGCGCCGAGCCUUUUCACCCAGCAGCGUGACGGAGUACGACACGGAGAACAUGAACGCAGAGGAGAUCUACAGCUCGCUGCGCGGCGUCACCGAGGCCAUCCAGAGCUUCAGCUACCGCAGCCAGGAGGACCUGAAAGAGCCGCUGCGCCGUGACGGCAAGAGGGACGACGGCGUGGGAAGAGAAGUCGUGGCUCCGUCUCCAGGUCCUGAUGGUCGUCUGGGUUCAGACGUGGUGGAAGGCGGCCGCACCGCCCUGGAUAACAAGACGUCGCUGCUCAACACCCCGUCGCCACGGUCCUUCUCCGGGCCCCGGAGCCGCGAGUUUGCCCCCUACGGCUACGGGGAAACCAUCUGCGCCUACGAUAAGAGCGCGCUGAAGGAGGCCGUGUUCGAUGACGACGUGGAGCAGUUCCGUGACUGCCGGCAGAAGGAUUCGGGUGAAAACAAGACAAGUCUCCCUAAAGGCUUUUGUUCUGUCGGACCGGACCAUUCGGACCUGGUGGCGGACCUGCUGAAGGAGCUGUCCAAUCACAACGAGCGCAGCGAGGAGCGGCGCGCGGCGCUGCUGGAGCUGCUGAAGGUCACGCGGGAGGACAGCGCCCCCGUGUGGGACGAACACUUCAAGACCGUCCUGCUGCUGCUGCUGGAGACGCUCUGCGACAAGGACCACGCCAUCCGGGCCCUGGCCCUGCGGGUUCUGAAGGAGAUCCUGAGGAACCAGCCGACCCGGUUCAGGAACUACGCCGAGCUGACCAUCAUGAAGACCCUGGAGGCCCACAAGGACUCCCACAAAGAGGUGGUGCGUGCGGCCGAGGAGGCGGCGUCCACGCUGGCCGGCUCCAUCCACCCGGAGCAGUGCAUCAAGGUGCUGUGCCCCAUCGUCCAGACCGCCGACUACCCCAUCAACCUGGCCGCCAUCAAGAUGCAGACCAAGGUCAUCGAACGCAUCGCCAAGGACUCGCUGCUGCAGCUGCUACCCGACAUCAUCCCCGGCCUGCUGCAGGGUUAUGACAACACAGAGAGCAGCGUUCGCAAGGCCAGCGUGUUCUGCCUGGUGGCCAUCUACGCUGUGAUUGGAGAGGAGCUGAAGCCACACCUGGCACAGCUGACAGGCAGCAAGAUGAAGCUUCUGAACCUCUACAUCAAGCGGGCCCAGACCACCAAUAGCAACAGCAGCAGCUCCUCCGACGUUUCCUCUCACAGUUAAUGUGAGCCCUGUAGAGCCUUCUGGACCCGAGCAGAACUUCCUGCUCCGCCCUAACCUGCUGUCCUGCUUUGCAUCUGAGCUGGAGCCGACCCGGUUCUCCUGCAGCUUCUCCAUAAGUUCACACGGCCGGAUCCAGAAGUUCAGCAGCACCUUCUGAUUGUUUUCAACGUGCCCUUAGGGACCGACCCGACCCGUUUAACUCAUCCAGAACUUUGGAUCAAAUUGAGGUUCUCCAAAGCAUUGAUUGUUGCUCUAGUGUGAUGUCUUCUCUGUUCCACCUGCAGAGACCCGCUCCACACCUGGAAACACAUCUGGACCCGACCUGCGGUUCUGAGACCAACUCUGCUCAGUCUGAGCAAACAGCUGAGUCCGAAUGAAAACCUUUAAAUUUGGUUCCCAGGAAUUAAUCAGCCUCACAUAAACAAAAGUGACUUUUAACUGAAAGUUUGGAGACAUUUUCAUUGGUUCAGAAAACCUCCUGAUUGGACAACAAGAACAGUCAUAGAUCCCACCGUCCAAUCAGAGAGCAUAGUAUCUGGUUGCCUUAACUGUAGGAGCAGACAGCGGCUGGGUUCUGGAGCUCCCCAGAGGUCUGGUUCUGUCUCUUACUGGAGAGCCGGACCAGAACCUUGCAGGCGUUCUGUAAAUACACGUCAAUGGUCACUGUUUGCACGUCAGUGAGCUAGCUAGCAUGUGGAGCUAGCUAGCAUGUGGAGCUCCGCCUCUUCUAAAGUGCACUUUGUCACCCCAGCCUGGUUCUGGUUCUAGUAGAACCACCGGGCCACCUCUGGAUCUGGUUCUGGAGGAGUCCAGAUCCCCGCAGGCCGCUCCAGCUCCAGAGUUUAGCAGGAACCUUUGUCCUGCUGAUGAAUCUUCAGAUUUUCUUUGUGGUGGUUCUGGAUGUCGGUGAGGAGGUCCAGAUCGGCUCAUAAGUCACGAAUGUACAGGAAGUUCUGAUCCGGUACUGAAACGGACCCGUAGCCGGCGCUGCUCCUCCUCCGGGCCUCUUUCUGUUUUCUUCUAGAAGAAUCCGCCACGCUGAAGCUGGUCACUUUGUUUUGCUGCAAUAUUGCGACUUGUAUUUAUAUAUUUUAUUUGAUCAGGUUUUAUUUUCUUGUUCUGACGAUGAUGAUGAUGAUGAUGAUGAACUGUACAGUUGCUCUUCUUUAAAUUCUGUCAGAUUUGCAGCGAAGUGAAGAAAUAAACAGAGUGAAAGUAAAA